CGAACCACAAAUUCAAAGACCAAAAGUCAUCACACACAUAUCUUCAUAUAUACCUUCAAGUCUCCGGUCGGUGAAAGGAGCGUCGACGCCGCCAUGGCUGGAAAGGAAGAGGUGAAGCUGUUGGGAAUCGUAGGAAGCCCAUUUGUGAGUCGAGCAGAGAUUGCUCUGAAACUGAAGGGAGUGGAAUUUGAAUAUGUUCAUGAAUCUGUGGGCAAGAAAAGCGAUCUUCUUCUUAAGUACAACCCAGUUCACAAGUUGGUUCCUGUGCUUAUUCACAAUGAGAAAUCUGUGUGUGAGUCGCUUGUGAUUGUUGAAUACAUCGAUGAGACUUGGAAUAAAGGUCAUGAUCCCUUCUUGCCUUCUGAUCCUCAUCACAGAGCCUUGGCUCGUUUCUGGGCUAAGUUCAUCGAUGACAAGGUUAUGCCUGGAGUAUUUAAAGCAGCCUGGAACCCUAAUGAGAAAGAAAGAGAGAAGGGUGUUGAAGAAUCAUUGGAUGCUUUGGAGGUUCUAGAAAAGGAGCUGAAAGGCAAGUUCUUCGGUGGAGAUUCAGUUGGGCUUGUGGAUAUUGCUGGUUUGUUUGUGGCUUAUUGGUUGCCCGUAGUUCAAGAAGCUGGUGGGCUUGAUUGGUUCAAUGGUGAGAAAUUUCCCAAGCUUCAGAAAUGGAGUCAUGCAAUUUUGAAUCACCCAACUAUUAAGCUGGCUUUACCUCCUAGAGAUGAUCUUCUUGGCUAUGCCAGAGCACAAUUUCAAAGCAUUGCUGCUUCAAACUAGAUUACUAGAGGAGUCAUUUGCGUUCCAACUUAUCAAUAAUAAGUUAUUCCAAUGACAAUAUCACCUGUCACGUUUGGAUUAAAUCCUAAAUUUGAGCUUGGCAUUGAUAUGUUUGUGUGUAUGCGUGUUUGAGUUGUAUAGAAUAAAAAAAAAAUCUACAAUCCAAUUUGAGU